CAUUCUCCCCGUGUCUUCCUGCUGCCGCUGCCAGGGAAGCUGCGCCGUCCCCGAGCUGCAGUUGAGUGUUUGGAGAGCAGCUGGCACCGUGGGGACCCCUCUCUUUCCGGGCCUGCUGUGGUGCAUGCGCCUGCGGCUGGGGGCGAGCCGGCCUGGGGCUGAUCGGAGAGGAAGUGCAGUUGGCUAUUUUAACGAGAGCAGCACGGGGAGGAGCGGAGGGAGAAGCCAAGCACUCUCUCCAAACUAGGACUUAGUAGGGGAGGGCUGGCCCGCUGCUGCGGUGCGGCCGCUGCCGCCCACUUGGCACCUGCAGGACCCCUGCACCACUCCGGAUCAGCCACCAUCUGGAUGCAAUGGAAACCUUUUUCAGGCGGCACUUUGGGCGGAAGGGGCUGCGGCGCAGCAGCGUGAUGGCUGUGCCCACGGGCAAGGCCAGGCGGCGCUCCCAGGUGGGGCUGCCCUCCGCCUCACUGGCCCAGUGUCGCCGCAGCUCAGGCACCGCUGCGGCAUCCCUCUCCUGCCUGGGCCUGGUCCGGCGUCCCGGCACACGUCGGCGCUCCAGCACCACGCCGCCCUGCCUCAGCCCCAGGUUUGCCGUGCAGAAGAAGCGCGGAGGCCAGGCACAAGCCAUUGAUGCCCAGCUGCUGGGUCCCACUGUCCUCCUGGCCAGCCUCCUUCCCACGGGAGAGGAGGGGGAUGGGGCUCACUGCGCUGACAGCUCCACAUCUGAGUCUCCAGAGGACGGUGGUGCAGCAGCAGGAGCUGAAGGGGGCCAGCACGAGCAUAGUGCUGAGGAGAUGUGGCUGGCCAUGCUGCCCCAGCUGCGGCCGCUGCAGGCAGGGCUGCUGUCGCGGGGCCCCCGCUGCCUGCGGCGCGCCUCCUCCCACCGCCUGCCCACCGAGGCCCUGCACGGCCGGGCUGCCUACGGCCUGCCAGGCCGAUACCGCCGCCUCAGCCAGCGCCGGCGCUCCAGCGAUGCCCCUCAGCCUGGGCUGCUCCCCUCUGGCCACCCCCGGCUGCUGGCCCAGCGCUGUGCAGGAGUGGCUGGAACCAAGUGCCCCUCUGCCACCCUCGUUAAGGCUUUGGGACCGGAGCCCACCUGCCACACCACCCUGGACGGCUGGAGUCCCCGGCUGCUGAAAGCUAUUGCCAAAUCCAGUCUCCAACACAUGGUAGCCCAGCCAAGCCCAGCACUAGCCAUGAGGAGCGACUCGGAGAGGCAGAUACGCAGCACUGUGGAUUGGAGCGAGGCUGCGGUCUAUGGGGAGCACAUCUGGUUUGAGACCAAUGUCUCUGGGGACUUUUGCUACGUUGGGGAACAGAACUGCAUGGCAAAGCUUCUGCAAAAACCUCUCUCCAGGCGCAAGUGUGCAGCCUGCAAGAUCGUAGUGCAUACACCCUGCAUCGAACAGCUGGAGAAAAUAAAUUUCCGCUGCAAGCCUUCCUUCAGGGAGUCAGGAUCCCGGAACAUACGGGAGCCCAUUGUUGUCCGACAUCACUGGGUGCACCGGAGGCGGCAGGAAGGGAAAUGCCGGCAGUGUGGCAAGGGUUUUCAGCAGAAGUUUGCCUUCCACAGCAAAGAGAUUGUAGCCAUCAGCUGUUCCUGGUGCAAACAAGCGUAUCACAGCAAAGUAUCGUGUUUCAUGCUGCAACACAUUGAAGAGCCCUGCUCACUGGGGGCUCAUGCUGCUGUCGUCGUUCCUCCCACCUGGAUUCUGCGGGUCCGGCGGCCCCAGAAUCCACUGAAAUCUAGUAAGAAAAAGAAGAGGACAUCAUUCAAGCGGAAAUCCAGCAAAAAGGGAGCCGAGGAAGGGAGGUGGAAACCCUUUGUCAUCAAGCCCAUGCCAGCUCCUCUCAUGAAGCCCUUGCUGGUGUUUGUGAACCCCAAGAGCGGUGGGAAUCAGGGAGCCAAGAUCAUCCAAUCCUUCAUGUGGUAUCUCAACCCACGGCAGGUUUUUGACCUCAGCCAGGGUGGACCCAAAGAGGCGCUGGAGCUGUACCGCAAAGUCCACAACCUCCGGAUCCUGGCGUGCGGGGGAGAUGGCACGGUGGGCUGGAUACUCUCCAUUCUGGACCACUUACGCAUCAACCCACCUCCUCCUGUGGCCAUCCUACCUUUGGGGACAGGGAACGACUUGGCCAGAACACUGAACUGGGGUGGGGGUUACACAGAUGAGCCUCUGUCCAAGAUCCUAUCACAUGUAGAAGAUGGGAACAUAGUACAGCUCGAUCGCUGGAAUCUCCAUGUGGAGCCAAACCCUGACACAAACCCUGAGGAAAAGGAUGAGGCAGCUGCUGACAAGCUCCCUUUGGAUGUCUUUAAUAACUACUUCAGCCUUGGCUUUGAUGCACGGGUGACGCUGGAGUUCCACGAAUCUCGAGAGGCCAACCCAGAGAAGUUCAACAGCCGGUUUCGGAAUAAAAUGUUCUAUGCUGGGACGGCCUUCUCCGACUUCCUCACCGGGAGCUCCAAAGACUUGGCGAAGCAUGUCAGGCUGGUUUGUGAUGGGAUAGACCUGACCUCCAAGAUUCAGGACCUGAAGCCCCAGUGCCUGGUCUUCCUUAACAUCCCAAGGUACUGUGCAGGCACCAUGCCCUGGGGCAACCCUGGGGAGCACCAUGACUUCGAGCCCCAGCGCCAUGAUGAUGGCUGCAUUGAAGUUAUCGGCUUCACCAUGACAUCACUGGCUGCCUUGCAAGUCGGUGGCCAUGGGGAGCGGCUCUGUCAGUGCCGGCAGGUGGUUCUCACCACAUCCAAGGCCAUCCCCAUGCAGGUAGAUGGAGAGCCCUGCAAGCUGGCAGCUUCCUGCAUCCACAUCUCUCUGCGCAACCAAGCCAACAUGCUGCAGAAGACCAAGCGGCGCAACUCCAUGCCUCUGCUCAAUGACCAGCAGCCAGUGCCCGAGCGGUUGCGGAUCCGGGUGAGCCGCAUCAGCAUGCGCGACUAUGAGGCACUGAACUAUGACAAGGAGAAGCUCAAGGAAGCCUCUGUGCCACUGGGGAUCAUCGUGGUUCCAGGAGACAGUGACCUGGAGUUGUGCCGGACCCAGAUUGAGAAGCUACAGGAGGAGGGUGAUGGAGCCAAGCCGAAGACAGUGUCAUUCCAGAAGCUGUCACCCAAGUGGUGCUUCCUGGACUCAACCACGGCCGAUCGGUUCUACAGGAUAGACCGCGCACAGGAACACCUCAACUAUGUGACAGAGAUCUCUCAGGAUGAGCUCUAUGUCUUGGACCCAGAGCUAGUGGUCACUCAGACUGUGAGCACUUCUCCUGCCAUGCCUGACCUUGUGGACUCAUCUGCCACACCCCCUGGGCACCAUUUUGCAUUUCCUUCCUGUUCCUCCUCUCCACCCUCCUCUCCUGCCCCCAGCGCUGAGCCUGAGCACUGCCUCCCACUUAAAGAUGACCUUCUGAUAGAAGCUGCCAAGAGUGGCAACUUCAGCAAGUUCCAAGAGCUGCACCAAGCUGGAAGAGACCUGAUGGUGCGAGAUUCCUCGGGCCAGACUGUCCUCCACCAUGCUGUGAAAUCAGGAAGCAAGGACAUCGUCAAAUACAUCAUCGAGAAUGCUCCUUCAGAAAUCCUUGAUGCCACAGAGGAGGAGAAUGGUGAAACCAGCUUGCACCAGGCUGCAGCCUUACGCCAGCGCACUAUCUGCCACUACAUCGUGGAGGCUGGGGCCUCGCUCAUGAAGACAGACCUGCAGGGAGACACCCCGAAGCACCGUGCUGAGAAAGCCAAUGACCCCGACUUAGCUGCCUACCUCGAGAACCGACAGCACUACCAGAUGAUCCAGCGGGAGGACCAGGAGACAGCUGUGUAGUGCUUGGCGUGCCUUAGCCCAAGCCAGCUCAUUCAGGAUGAGAAGAGUACAAUGCCAACUGCAGAGCUGUAUCUGGCCCCAACCCUCCCCAGAUGCCAGCCUGCUCCCUGGAGAUGGACACAGAAGAGCUCUGCCCCAGGCGGGCUGGAACUCUGUUUAUGAGGACAAUGGAUAUUUCAGACUUGAAGCCUGAUUCUUUGUGUGUGCCCUUCACCUCUCAUUCACCACAUUCCCUGCCCUAGGGCUCUAUCCUCCAGCCGUGUUGGAGCAGGCCAGGCUGAAGCCUCCAGUCACCCUUGUUCAUGGGAGUAAUUCCAGUGCCCCCUCCACAGGCUCCUACCUAUAACCCUUAUGGGAUAUCAUUGCUCAGUCCUUCUCUCUGCUGGCAAUGCCCCUCUUUUAGAUGCUUGGCUAGGUUUGUGUCCUGUUCCUCCUCUCCUGUCUGGCACAGCUGUGGGAGGCACAGGCUGCAUGGACAGACUGCAGAGGCUGUGAGCCACAGACUGCCCCAAAGGAAGCACCACAACUUACUGGCCCUGCUUUCUCCUCCCUCCUGGGGCUGCACCACGUCUCUGUGUUGCCCUACCCAGAGCCUUCUGCAGCAGGAGGGAAGUCACUUGUGCAUCCAGCCUUUCCUCUGAGCAUCUGGGUCUGGUGCAGCUGGAAGUAGAGCACCAGGUGCUCUCCUGAUGGGCCUUCAGUGCUCAGUCAGCAGUCUGACUCAGGGCUGCGAUGGCAUGGAGGAAGGCUACCAAACCCUCCCACCACGCUUCUCUCCAUGGGGCUGGGUGGAACAGUUUGCACACCCACUCUGCUGAGCAUCUCUUUGUGAGCACGCUGCAGGAUGGUGGAGAGCUGCACUCAACUGGUGCAGUGGCAGCAGUGAUGUCUGUUAUAUUUCCCAAAGGCUGAGUUAGAUUCAGCUGCCCUCCUUGCUUCAGUUUCCCCCUCAAUGCUAGACUUUGCACGGGGCUGGACGGGCUGUGCUGGGGUCAGUGCUCCUCUCAGGGAUCCCCUCCAGCCCCCCAGCCUGGCAACAUGCAUUCCCUUAGGCUGACUCCUGCUAUUCCCCAGACUGGGCACAGGGCUUUGCAGGGAGCUCACCAACCCACGUGGGCAGACCAUGAACUCACCCUCCAGUUUUAGUAGAAAGAAGGAUUUGGAUUCCCAGGAACCAUCAGGGCUCCUAGCCCUGAGUCAUGCCUACAGUGGGAUAGAGUUUCACCAAUCACCUGCCAUGGGGCAUGAGGCACCACAAUCCAUCUCCCAUGUUGAUGCUGUGAGCACUUGAUGCCAAGACAUCAAGCCAGGCCUUAAGCAAGGCUUUUUCAGAACUGAGUCUCUGAGACCUGGAGGUGCCCACAGAGGAGGAAAGCUGAUGGCUCUGAGCCUAUCAGACUUGCUUGGCACUUUUGGAUGGGCAGUGGUUGUGAAGGGGGUUGCUGUUCCCAUCUUUGCUCUAGGAGAGGAUGCUGCUGCUGCCAUGUGUGGUCUGUGCAGUCCCUCUGCACUCACAUGCAGCUGUGCCCAUUGGGUCAUGCUGGGUGGCACUGUUUGAAUCCCUCCUACUACCAAGAAAAGGGUAUGAGGAUACUGUAGGGAACCAGAAUACCCUUCAGACUUUUUUCCCAGGGGCAGGGUUUCCUUGAAGGAUGGGGAUGCUGUACUGGGGAGCAGAGGCACAGGGCAGUGCAGGGUGCCCAGGGGCCAGUGUCAGUAUUGGCAAAUAAUAAUGAUAGUAUACUAAUGCAUUGACAGCUGGGACACUCCAGAAGUGCCUGGAGUUCUCAUCAGCACUGCUGGCAGGCCACUAAUAGACAAGGCACUGUCACUUCUCAGAGGUCCACACCACUGCUGUCCUAGACGGAAUGCCCAACUUGGCCCAGAGGCAUUUAAGCCUCAGCUUUUCCCUUUCUCCCUUACAGUUUUUUGUACAGGUAGUUGAGAGACGCACUGUCCCCCUCCCUGCUUAGCCCCUCUGUGCACCUGUGAGCUGAGUUGCUGUGCAAUUCCAAGCCUGCUUAUAUUUUGGUGAAGAAGGAGGGGGUGUUGGUUAACCUGCCCCCUGAGGGCAGGGGUUCUGUGCAAUACCUGGAUCUGUGUUUCUUAGACACUGUUGUAGGAUUGUAUUUUUGUAACUAUGUGAGGGUGCUGGCUCCAGCUAGCCCAGGGCCUGGCAUGAGCCUGUAUUCCCAUUGCUUUUCAACUUCGACUGUUUGGACGUUGUUGUUUCUUGCCAUUGUAAUAAAGAGAUUGAUGUUUUAG